AUGGAGAUAAUAGCAGUCUUUAGAAUUGAGUCAUUCAACGACACCAAGGUCACAACCUACACAAAGAGUCAAAAGCCCAAGAAAUCCAAAUUUGAACCCAUUGAUUCCCUUCCUCUUUUUGCUCUGGAAGUUAUAAAAAUUGGCCGUGGCAAGGCUUGCGAUGUGAGAAUUGACAACCCAGCAAUUUCGUUACACCAUGCGACUGUAUGGUCUGUUCAGUUUGAUUCAGACACCUUACCCUUGGUUUACUUGAACGAUAGUUCAAGAAAUGGAUUGCUACAUAACGGAAGAGACAUGCGCAACGGAGAAACGAGAAUGUUGAAGGAUGGUGACACUAUUGAGUUCAAAACAGCUGGAGUCUUUACAUACGAAACAUUGGAGGGGGAAGAAGAUACACAAGACAAAUCUAACAUCACUAUUGAAACUUGGAAUAUCAGCGACUCGUUAAUUGGCUCAGGAUCAUUUGGUUCAGUAUUUGUUGCAUCGUCAACCACCAAUUACCACAAGCUUUAUGCAGUAAAAGUGUUGAGACCCGGCAGCAAUAACUCCGAGUAUGAUCUAUUACGAGGGGUGCAACACCUUCCCUUGCCAAAAUCACGCAUAUAUAUUUGCGACUUUGGUGUAGCAAAAAAGUUAACGUACUCACGUACCAGCACCUCAGUUGGAACCAUUGAGUACAGUGCACCCGAGGUUUUCAACAUAGACAACAAAGGAAAAGCAGCGGUGCCAUAUGGAUAUAAAUGCGACACAUGGUCACUAGGAAUUGUCACACAUGUUUUGUUGACUGGUAUAUCACCGUUUUAUUCUGAACUGAAGGAGCAGACUUUAUUGCAAGCACGUCAAGGACAGUUGAAUUUUGCUAGAAAACAGUUUGCACUAGUUUCAAAAAGUGCAAAAGAGUUUUUGCUCUCUUUGCUUGAGACAAACCCUCGUCUAAGAGUGGAUAUCGAUGGUUGUUUUGAGUGUGCAUGGGUCGUACGUAAUAGAUCGAAAUUGGAAAAGUUCUACCGCGACAAAAUUGUUGGCACACAAAAUUGA